GUAUGCAUGUCAAUUUUAAUCAAUAACUUUGAAACUACAUUAAUCCGAAACCGCUUUUACAGAUCCAUUUCUUGAAUUUCUAGUAAACUAGACCGCUAGAUCGAUAUUACCCGCAAGCAUGGCUGCAAAAAGCGCCCCCCGCUUGAACGAGAGGAUCCUAUCUACCUUAUCCAAGAGAUCUGCUGCAGCUCAUUCAUGGCAUGAUAUUGACAUCGGUCCUGAAGCUCCUCAGAUCUUCAAUGUGGUUGUUGAGAUCCCAAAAGGAAGCAAAGUGAAAUAUGAACUCGACAAGAAAACCGGUCUCAUCAAGGUUGACCGUGUGUUAUAUUCAUCAGUGGUUUACCCUCACAACUACGGCUUCAUCCCUCGAACACUAUGCGAAGAUAACGACCCAAUGGACGUGUUAGUCAUCAUGCAGGAACCAGUGGUGCCGGGAUGCUUUGUUCGAGCCAAGGCCCUUGGGCUCAUGCCUAUGAUUGAUCAGGGAGAGAGAGAUGACAAAAUCAUUGCGGUUUGUGCGGACGAUCCUGAAUACCGUCACUUUAACGAUAUACAACAGUUACCCCCUCAUCGUCUGGCUGAAAUCCGCCGGUUCUUUGAAGAUUACAAGAAGAACGAGAACAAAGAAGUUGCGGUUGACGAAUUUAUGCCUUCAGCUACUGCUUUUGAAGCCAUUCAACACUCAAUGGAUCUUUAUGGGGAGUACAUCAUGCAAACCUUGAAGAAAUAAAUAGGCAUGGUUUUCAAAUCACCACAAGAUCAUCAUCAUUAUCCUAAUUACCGAGGGUUGUCUUAUCAAUUAAAAUGUUUUUAUUCUUUGUUUCACAAUAUAUGGUUAAUAAAUUGAUGAUACGCUUUCAUGUC